UGGGCACAUGGCAGAUCCAUUUAACGUUGAAGAAAUCUGGGAGCAAAUGGCGCAGUGCCUUAUAGGAUUAGGUGCCGAAGAUGUGCUUCAUCACGACAUUAUCACUUUCAGAGAUGCCCAUGAUGAUGAUGCAGUAGAUGCUUAUCCUCCACAACGGCAACACCGUAGAAUAGGCGUCCCCAUUUUUGGUCAACGUUAUGGACGCGGUUAUGUCCCCCCACAUGCCAAUGAAAAUGUGAAUGAUGAUGCCGAUGACGAUUAUGAUAAUGAUGAUGAUGGUGGUGGUGGUGGUGGUGGUGGUGGUGGUGAAGAUGAGGAAGAUGAGGAAGAAGAAGAAGAACGACAACCAUCGUAUCAUGUUCAUUCACAUGUCCCAUCCCCCCUCAUGUGCCGUAUCAUUACUCUACACCAACGGGUGUAUACAUUCCAACAUUUGAUGAGACACCAGUUCCACAUGUACAACCUACAUAUGAGGUGAGACCUAGUUUUUUACAUUCACCGGUUGAUUGGCUGAACAACUUAUUAGGAUUAGACGUACAUAGUGGGUGGGGGCACGAAGAAGGACCAAACACACAACCGAUGGUUGACCAGAGGCCCAGGCGGGGAAUACAUUCCCGACGCUGCGGCAUUGGGAGUCACUUCGCCGUUCCAGGUCGACGUUAUGAAUCUGAUGAAUCUGAAUAGUUGUAUGUAGUUUGCGUUAUAAUUCCAAUAAAUCAUGUCAUCCAUUCACUUUAAUGUUGUCAUAUUGAAAUUCGAGUUUUAUGUUUACUUAUACCUCAAAAUCAUAAUUACAUUUAGU